AAAAGACGUUCUAGUGAAUUUUAAAUUUUUGAGGAAGUGAAAUUGUGGAAAUUUUGAAAUGGACAGAGUUUGAAAAAAAUAUUUGAAGUUAUAAAAAUUGAAUAAAUAAAUAAAAAUCAAAAGUGAUAUUUAAAAAAAAUAAAGGAAAUUAUUUAAAAUAUUUACAGAAUUUAGAAAUUAUAAAACACUCAUCCAAAACAGUAACAAAGAAAAAAACCAAAUCAAAGUACAAGUGCAAAACAAUAAAAACAAAAAAAAGUGACAUAAAAAAGCUCAAUGAAAAUAAAAUAAAAAUAUUUUUUGUUGAUAAAUUGCUCACGACGAGGACAUAAAAAAAAAUACUUUUUGAAAAAUUCAUUAAUAAUGUUGAGGAUGGUUAGUUCAGAUUUUUGAAUUGAUUGAGGAAUUGAUUAAGUGAGAAGUAAGCGGAAAAGCACAGACAGAGAAAAUUGUGAAAUCGGAUUGGGCAGAAAAUGACUUCACCUACUUUACAGGGAUCAGCGCUACUUAAAGAAAUGGACGAAUUAUCUCGAAAACGCAAAGUAAAAGACGAACCAUCCCCACCAGCAACACCAAAUCUCGACAUCUUCAACUGCUUCAAUCAAUCAAAUCCAUCACCAUUAACAAUGUUUUCACCACAAUUUCUAGCAAAUCAAACAGCCGCAGCCGUUGCCCUCAUGACAUGGCCAAUACAAUUACGAGCUCAACUUGCAUCAGCAAUUCGUCUUCCGAAUCAUCCACUCAUGAAUUGGUCACCUCCGGAUUUAUCAAAAUUAAAUAAAGUUUUUAAAAAUCAAAAUAGUGAUUCACAAAUUGUAUCGACGACGUCGGACUUGCCGGCACAGAAAAAGAUUGCAAAGAGGAAACAGCAACCGGAAAAUAUAAGGAAAUUGGAACCAUUGAAGAUCAAUGACAAAUUUGUUCCAACAAUUUUAUCGCCAACGGAAUCAAAUUCUGAAAUUAGUACGUGUUCGAGCAAUUCAAAGGAAACGACUAAGCAGGAAAAAGUCUUUACUUGUCAGAUUUGUAAUCGGUCGUUUGGAUAUAAGCAUGUGCUGCAGAAUCAUGAGCGCACCCACACUGGAGAGAAACCAUUUGAAUGCUCAGAGUGUCACAAGAGAUUUACAAGGGAUCAUCACUUGAAGACCCACAUGAGAUUACAUACAGGCGAGAAACCUUACAGCUGCUCCCACUGCGAUCGUCAAUUCGUUCAAGUCGCCAACCUUCGUCGUCAUCUUCGUGUUCAUACAGGCGAACGCCCAUACACCUGUGAAGUCUGUGAAGCCAAGUUCAGUGAUUCAAAUCAGCUCAAAGCUCAUGUCUUGGCUCACCAAACUGACAAGCCUUUCGAAUGUGAAAAGUGCAAUGUUCGAUUCCGUAAACGGAACCACCUGAUAAACCACAAAUGUGGAGUUUUGAAUGAAAAUCCAAUUGAUGAUGACAGUGAUGAGUCACUGGAACUUCCAUCAGCAACAAUAAGUUUAUCUCAAUCGGAAAAGACGCAGCAAUUUAAAAAGUUUUGUAAUUUUCCAAAUUUUCUUGGACUUCCACUGCAAAUUCCUGAACAAACAGAGCCUGAGGAUUUGUCAAUGCACACACCACGAUCAAAUUUAUCAACUGAUGAGUUUGAGGAGCUUGACGAUGCAGCAACGAUGUUUAUGAAGCUGAAGCAGAGGCAUUUGGGAGAGAAAAGUGCAAUAGAUAAUUUUAUGAAAUGAUGAGGCGAAAAUUUUUGUGAAUAAUAUUGAUGAGGUGGGAAAUAUGUGCAAAAACAUGUGAAAUAUUAAAGAUGUGAGUGAAUUUCUAGUCAAAGAAGUAUGGUAUGGAGUGGGGUUGAGUGUGUUUUAAGUCAAAUGAAUAAGAAACUAACCUGAAAUAUAGUAUAGAUACAAAAUAGUGAAACUUAGGAUAUAAGGUGACUAUGUCCUAUGAAUUUUUUGCAUGAAAAAUCAAAAUUUUGGUAACUCAGGAAAUUGUUCUGAUUUUUGGCGCGAAAACCGAUACUCAUUCACCUCAAAACUCCACCUUCACCCAAACAGCUCAGUUUGUAGAUUUAUUCCUAAUAAUUUAAAAUAUUUUAAUUGCAACAAAUUCAGGGAAUUUAAAAUCUAAACGAUAACAAUUCUACCUUCAA